CGGCAGAAAGGUUAUUCCCGUCUUGGUGACACGAGCACUAAUGAGGACCUCCUCUGGGUGCGCAGCAACUCCUCUGUGACUAACCCAAGAGCGAAGAUGAAAGGCUGCGGGACGCUGUGCACCGGCGCGCCGGGCGGGGUUACUUGCUGAACUUGCUGCGGGGUGUCUUCCCCCGGGAAGGUGUGCGCCCCCCGGCGCGCGCUCUCGCCGGCGCCCCGCUCCCUCUUUUGUAAGAUCCCGAGGCGCGGCGAGCGCCCUUCUAACUCGGCGCGACCACCCUUUGGGGUCCCGACCGCUCUACCACCUCUCCGGUCUCCGUGCCUCGCUCCAUCCUCCGCUCCCGGGCUUUGUCGGGUCCCCCCAUAUUAUUAAAGCUAGUUUGACCACGUCCUGGGAGUAUCCCCACGAGCGCCUAUAGAUUAAUUUUCAACCGUGCCACAAACCCAAAGAAUCAAUUUCAGUUCAUCAUCUGCAAGCGAGAGCCGAUGCUUCUGGGGAAGAGAAAACAACUUGGCAUUACCCCUCUGGGAGAUAUUUGUCAUCAUUAACCUGCUUCAGUUAAAUUAAUUCAGCCCAAGAUGACUCCAGCGUUCUUGCUCCCAGUGGCCCAAGCUGGAGGCUUCUGUUCUCCCUGCUCAGGUGAAGGAGAUACUCCAGGCCAGAUGUCUUAAGGAAUGCUCCUGAAAAGGACAGAGGCAUACAAAAUUAGUUCAACAUCUGAGAAGCAAGCUGGUUUUGGAAAAACCAUACUCUGAGGAUGUUGUUUGCUUUCGGUUAAAAGGAGAAAAGUACAGCUGUAGAGGAAGCCUUUAUAUCUGCGUUUACGGUCGCAUCGUAAAUGACAAUGUAAUUAGUUUCACCUCAGUCUUGCUGGUGAGCCUUGGAGCUUCUUGCCUCGGCAGACAUGAGCGACCCAAGGCAGUCCCAAGAAGAGAAGCACAAGCUUGGCAGGGCCUCUUCCAAGUUCAAGGAUCCUCCCAGAAUCAUGCAGUCGGAUGAUUAUUUUGCUCGAAAAUUUAAAGCCAUUAAUGGCAACAUGGGCCCCGCCGCCUCUUUAAAUGCCUCGAAUUCCACCGAGAGCGGUGGUCCGGCUAAUGGCACCCCAGCCGUGCCCAAGAUGGGUGUGAGAGCAAGAGUGUGUGAGUGGCCUCCCAAGAAAGACUGCUCCAAGGAGCUGACCUGCAAGGCGCUGUGGGAAAGCCGGUCUCAGACCAGUUACGAAAGCGUCACGUCCAUCACGCACAAUGGGCAAAGCGACCAGAGCGACGGUCAGCAAGAAGAGAAACUUGAUCUAGACUUUGUGGAGGCGAAGUACACCAUUGGGGACAUCUUUGUUCACUCUCCUCAAAGAGGGCUGCACCCCAUAAGGCAGAGAAGCAACAGCGAUGUCACCAUCAGUGACAUCGAUGCUGAAGACGUCUUAGACCAAAAUGCAGUGAACCCCAACACCGGGGCCGCCCUCCACCGAGAGUACGGGAGCACGUCUUCCAUUGACCGGCAGGGCUUAUCUGGCGAGAACUUCUUUGCUAUGCUCAGAGGGUACCGAGUAGAGAAUUACGACCACAAAGCGAUGGCCCCUUUUGGGUUCCCUGAGUGUUUCCCCUGUGAUCCUGCAAUCUCUCCCAGCCUCCACGCGGCAGCACAGAUAUCCAGGGGAGAAUUUGUCCGCAUCUCAGGAUUAGACUACAUGGACAGUGCCCUCCUCAUGGGGAGAGACAGGGACAAACCUUUCAAACGGAGGUUAAAGUCGGAGUCGGUGGAGACGUCCCUCUUCCGGAAGCUGCGAACUGUUAAAAGUGAACAUGAAACGUUCAAGUUCACGUGUGACCCGGAAGAUGGUCGCCUGGAGCGGGGCGUCCGCCCUUGGAAUUGUCAGCGGUGUUUUGCACAUUAUGAUGUCCAGAGCAUUUUGUUUAAUAUCAACGAAGCCAUGGCUACGAGGGCCAACGUGGGGAAGCGGAAAAACAUCACCACCGGGGCCUCCGCGGCGUCCCAGACUCAGAUGCCGGCGGGCCAGACGGGCAACUGCGAGUCCCCUCUGGGGAGCAAGGAGGACCUCAACUCCAAGGAGAACCUGGAUGCUGACGAGGGAGACGGGAAAAGCAACGAGCUCGUCCUGAGUUGUCCUUACUUUCGGAACGAGACUGGCGGGGAAGGCGACAGGAGGAUCGCCCUUUCCAGGGCCAGCUCGUCUUCGUUCAGCUCCGGGGAAGGCUGCUCCUUCGAGUCCUCUCUGAGCUCCCACUGCACGAACGCCGGUGUGUCGGUCCUGGAAGUGCCGAGGGAGAACCAGCCCAUCCACCGGGAGAAAGUGAAGCGCUACAUCAUAGAGCACAUUGACCUUGGGGCCUAUUAUUACCGCAAGUUCUUCUACGGGAAAGAGCACCAGAACUACUUUGGGAUAGAUGAAAACCUUGGCCCUGUGGCAGUCAGCAUCCGGAGAGAGAAGGUGGAAGACGCCAAGGAGAAAGAAGGGUCCCAGUUCAACUACCGGGUGGCCUUCAGGACGAGCGAGCUUACAACCCUGCGCGGCGCGAUUUUGGAAGACGCCAUACCCUCCACCGCCAGGCACGGGACCGCGCGGGGACUACCUCUCAAAGAAGUUCUGGAGUACGUCAUUCCAGAGCUGAGCAUUCAGUGCCUGAGACAGGCUUCGAAUUCACCCAAGGUCUCGGAGCAGCUGCUCAAGCUGGAUGAACAAGGGCUGAGCUUUCAGCACAAGAUUGGGAUCCUUUACUGCAAAGCAGGCCAGAGCACAGAGGAGGAGAUGUAUAACAAUGAGACGGCGGGACCAGCUUUUGAAGAAUUCCUUGAUCUUCUGGGCCAGAGAGUCCGGCUGAAAGGAUUUAGCAAAUACCGAGCUCAGCUAGACAAUAAAACUGAUUCUACAGGAACUCACUCCCUCUACACGACGUACAAAGACUAUGAAGUCAUGUUCCACGUGUCCACCAUGCUUCCCCACAUGCCCAACAACAGACAGCAGCUUCUGAGGAAAAGGCAUAUCGGAAAUGACAUUGUGACCAUUGUCUUCCAAGAACCCGGAGCACUUCCUUUCACUCCACGAAGCAUCCGGUCUCACUUUCAGCACGUCUUUGUCAUAGUCAAAGUGCACAAUCCGUGUACCGAAAACGUGUGUUACAGUGUUGGGGUGUCUAGAUCAAAAGACGUACCACCAUUUGGCCCACCAAUUCCCAAAGGAGUAACUUUCCCAAAGUCAGCAGUAUUCCGGGACUUCCUUUUAGCCAAAGUAAUCAACGCAGAAAAUGCAGCCCAUAAGUCGGAAAAGUUUCGAGCUAUGGCCACUCGAACAAGGCAAGAGUACUUGAAGGAUCUGGCGGAGAACUUUGUCACGACCGCCACUGUGGACACCUCUGUGAAAUUCAGCUUCAUUACACUGGGUGCAAAGAAAAAGGAGAAAGUGAAGCCAAGGAAGGAUGCCCACCUGUUCAGCGUCGGAGCAAUCAUGUGGCACGUAAUAGCUCGGGACUUUGGCCAGUCUGCUGACAUUGAAUGCCUUCUUGGGAUUUCCAACGAAUUCAUAAUGUUGAUUGAAAAGGAUUCCAAGAACGUUGUAUUUAACUGUUCCUGCAGGGAUGUCAUUGGGUGGACCUCUGGAUUAAUGAGUAUCAAAGUGUUUUAUGAAAGAGGGGAAUGUAUCCUUCUGUCCUCAGUGGAUAAUUGUGCUGAAGACGUAAGGGAAAUCGUCCAGCGAUUAGGAAUAGUGACAAGAGGCUGCGAGACUGUGGAAAUGACCCUGAGGAGGAACGGGCUGGGCCAGCUUGGCUUCCACGUGAAUUUCGAAGGAAUCGUUGCAGACGUGGAACCUUUCGGCUUUGCCUGGAAGGCCGGCCUUCGCCAGGGGAGCCGUCUCGUGGAGAUCUGCAAGGUGGCCGUGGCCACUCUGACCCACGAGCAGAUGAUCGACCUACUCCGGACUUCUGUGACCGUGAAGGUGGUCAUCAUCCAGCCCCACGAUGACGGCUCACCCCGGAGAGGGUGUUCGGAGCUCUGCCGGAUCCCCAUGGUGGAGUACAAACUGGACAGUGAAGGCACCCCCUGCGAGUACAAAACGCCCUUCCGGAGGAACACCACGUGGCACCGCGUGCCCACGCCCGCCCUGCAGCCGCUGUCCAGGGCGUCCCCGGUGCCCGGCACGCCCGACCGCCUGCAGUGCCAGCAGCUGCUACAGCAGGCCCAGGCUGCCAUUCCCCGGAGCACCUCCUUCGACCGGAAGCUGCCGGACGGCACGAGAAGUUCGCCCAGCAACCAGUCCUCCUCCAGCGACCCCGGGCCUGGUGGCAGCGGACCCUGGAGACCGCAGGCGACAUAUGACGGGUGCCAGUCUCCCCUGCUGCUCGAGCACCAGGGCGCGGGCCCUUUGGAGUGUGAAGGAGCCAGGGAGCGGGAGGAGGUGCUGGAAGGAAGCAGGCAUCUGGAAACCAAAUGGCAUGGCCCACCCUCCAAAGUCCUGAGUUCCUAUAAGGAAAGAGCCCUGCAGAAAGAUUCAAGUUGCAAAGACUCCCCCAACAAGCUUUCCCACAUUGGAGACAAAAGUUGCUCUAGUCACUCCAGCAGCAACACGCUGUCCAGCAACACGUCCAGCAACAGCGACGACAAGCACUUUGGGUCCGGGGAUCUGAUGGACCCGGAGCUGCUGGGGCUCACCUACAUCAAAGGGGCCUCCACGGACAGUGGCAUCGACACGGCCCCCUGCAUGCCCGCCGCGGUCCUGGGCCCCGUGCACCUGGCCGGCGGCAGGGCCGUGAUCCACAGCCGCGCCGAACAGUGGGGCGACCCGGCCGACCUCCCGGGGCCUGACGGCGAGGCGGCGAAGAUGUACGCGGUGCACGGCUACGCGCCGCCCAUCUCGGCCGGCAGCGCGGCCGACGGCAGCGUGGGCGACCUCAGCGAGAUCUCGUCUCACUCCAGCGGUUCACACCAUUCAGGAAGCCCUUCCACUCACUGUUCCAAAAAUAGCGGGUCUCUGGAUACGUCCAAAGUCUACAUCGUGUCCCACAGCAGCACCCAACAGGUCCCCGGGUCCGCGUCCAAGCCCUACCACAGGCAAGGGGCAGUGAACAAGUAUGUCAUCGGCUGGAAGAAAUCAGAGGGCAGCCCGCCGCCCGAGGAACCCGACGUGACCGAGUGUCAGGGGCUGUAUGGUGAGAUGGAGAUCCUGUCCACGGCAACCCAGCACCAGACCGUGGUGGGGGAUGCUGUUGCAGAAACUCAACAUGUUCUGUCCAAAGAAGAUUUUCUGAAACUGAUGCUUCCUGACAGUCCGUUAGUGGAGGAGGGGAGAAGAAAGUUUUCGUUCUACGGGAACCUGUCUCCAAGACGCUCGCUCUACCGCACCCUCUCUGAUGAGAGCAUCUGCAGCAAUCGGAGGGGGUCUUCCUUUGGCAGUUCGCGAAGUUCAAUACUUGACCAAGCCCUGCCCAACGACAUUCUGUUCAGCACCACCCCACCCUACCACAGCACGCUGCCCCCCCGCACCCACCCCGCGCCCAGCUUGGGGAGCCUGAGAAAUGAGUUCUGGUUCUCCGAUGGGUCCUUAUCGGAUAAGUCCAAGUGCGCAGAUCCUGGCCUGAUGCCCCUCCCGGACACGGCCACGGGUUUAGAUUGGUCCCACCUCGUGGACGCUGCACGGGCAUUUGAAGGUCUUGACUCAGACGAAGAACUUGGGCUGCUCUGUCACCACACGUCCUAUCUAGACCAGAGAGUGGCAUCCUUCUGCACCCUGACAGAUAUGCAACACGGGCAGGACCUGGAAGGCGCACAGGAACCGGCUUUAUGUGUAGACCCAGGCAGCAGCAAAGAUUUCAUGGACGCAACUGGGGAGCGGUCUCCAUCAACACUGACCGGUAAAGUCAAUCAGCUGGAAUUGAUUCUUCGACAACUGCAGACUGACCUUCGGAAGGAGAAGCAGGACAAGGCGGUCCUGCAAGCGGAAGUGCAGCACCUGCGCCGAGACAACCUGAGGCUGCAAGAGGAGUCCCAGACGGCCACCGCGCAGCUGCGGAAAUUCACAGAGUGGUUCUUCAACACCAUCGACAAGAAGUCUUAACCCGGCCCUGGCCCGCCGGGGGGUGGGGGUGGGGGGGCGCCCCCGGGAAACGCCACGAAGCCCCGGGAACUCGCCAACGCGUGGUCUUUCAGCGUGCUUGCAGCCGACCGUAGAUGUGUUUUGGGUUUUUUUGGUUUUCCUUUUUGUUUUUGCUGUUCCACCCCGCCCGGCACCAUCCACCCCGCCGGGCGGGGAGGCGACUCGUACCUGGAAGCCGAAGCCGCCUCGCGUGACAGCAGAGAGGAGAGCGAGGCCGCGUGAAGAUGAAUGUAACCCCCCCCCCCGCCCCCCCCGGUGUCGAGAUGAAUGUAGCCGCUGGCGUCGGUCCCGGACCUCUUUGCCGUCGGGCUCCACGGCGCGGGUGCUGUGGCGCGGGCCGUACCUCAACAGGGAGGAGAAGGGGGGCUCGACCUGCUCUGGAUCAGGUGACCUGGUAGAGAUGUCCAAAGCAGAUCGACCGCAGUUUGGGCUUUAGUAUUGUAAAAUAAACCCGGAGACAAAUAAUCAGACGUAUACUUUAAUGUUAAAGGUGCUCUAUUUUUUUGGAUGUACAGUAGUUUUAUUUCUCAGCCACAUUAUCAUAGCAAUAAGAAAGAGGCAUAGUAAAUAGUAGGGAGAAGCCGCGUGGGGGAAAUUUAAAAAGCACUGACGUCUUUAACACUAGUUUGUAUGCAGUCGAUUUAGAGACUUAUUUAUUUGCAGGAGCAAACGGUGCCUGAAUAUUAACAGUGUUCUGAUUUAAGAAAAACCACACACACACACACACACACACACACACACAAAGCUACACAUGCCUUGUGUAUGGCUCAGUGAGCGGUCCCUUCAACUCUUAGUUCACUGUGUUUAGUUACUGCUCUGCUGAAGAAGAGUACGCCUGCUUACGUUCUAGAACCUCCCGUCCGCGGGGAGCCCGCAGAAUCACGUGUGUACAAUGCCAAAUUUGUUUCUCUUUGUACAGAAGCUUUGAUGAAGUGUCUUGUAUUUAACGCCCUUAUUUAAGCUUAUUUAACCUUAAACUGUUAAUUUUAUAAACUUGGGUUUGACCUGCACUAUGAUGAGGGAGGCGUAGGCAGCCGCAGGCUCUGGAAAGAGGGGCUUGCCCGGCACGGACUGAAGAGCAGGGCGGGAAAUUCUAACAACUGGAGGCUGCUAGUAACAAGGUGUUUGUAUUGCUUUACCAUUUUUAACUGUUCUAUUUGAGAUGAACAUACAUUUUGCUUUUUUAAUAAAUGUUCGAAAGAGCCCACCUAA